AUGAGGUUCCCCCUGGAAUCUUCUGAUGGUGUUCAGAAAUAUUUUAAUUGUUUCACUAAUCCUUGUAUUUUCUUUUUCCCUGGUCCUCUCACCCCUCUUCCCAGUCUAAUAGGAUGGUGGGGUCAUGACUACAAAACCAGGUUUCUCAUGGAAAACAAACUGCAACUCAGUCCUGGAAUCAAUGGAUUUCGUUUAUCAAAUCCUUCCAUCUUAUUGGUCUGUGCUCUUCAUGCUAGCUUAGAGAUCUUUGCUCAAGCUAAAAUGAAGUGCCUGAGAAGAAAAUCUAUCCUUCUUACUGGUUACUUGGAAUAUUUGAUAAGGCACUAUUACGACAAAGAUAGAAACGACCCUGAGAAGCCCCUUGUAAAAAUCGUCACACCAUCCCACAGUGAAAACAGAGGAUGCCAGCUCACAUUACUUUUCUCUAUUCCAAUCAGAUAUGUUUUUAAAGAACUGGAAAAAAGAGGAGUGGCUUGUGACAUGCGGGAACCUGAUGCUCUCCGUGUUGCCCCAGUUCCUCUCUACAAUUCUUUCCAUGAUGUGCACACCUUUAUUGAAAUCCUAGGAUCUGCAAUUGCAGCUGCAAAGCAAGCAGCAAAUUCAGUGCCACUUUCCUGAUCUUCUUGAUGAUACAGCUGUAUCUUUACCCUCUGCUUCUGACCAAACACAUCAGGGCUUUCGAACAUGUUUGGAGGUGUGGGUGGAAUUUCUUCUAGACUGCCUACCAUUUAACUUCCAUUUAAAGUUAAAUGGAAGUCUACCAUUUAACUUCCAAUGAUUGAUUCACUUUGAUAUUGGAUUGUGAUGUAUCUUUUAUUAAAACUCAUGCUUUCACCUACUGGGAGUUUUGUCUUACAUCAUUAUGCAGAAUAGGACUUCCGAUCAUUCCUGUUUAUGUGAUACCUUUCUGUGUAAACCUCAGUUCGCAUCGAGUGGCAAGCAGCUGCUUUUCUAUCUGAGUUUUCUGUCUGCAGUGGGACCCUUUGCCUGCACAUAAAAGCAGGCAAAUGACACUUGUUGCUGCCCCAUGAAUGGCUAGCAGUUCAUUGACUUCAUAUUGUAACUUAAAGAGGAAAGGGACUGUAACUCCUUUUUAGGUACUG